AUGAAGACGAAAACCGCACCACAACCACCGCCAAUCUCUCACGCCCACCAUGCCCCACCAGCGCAUAUCCGCGCCUUGCAUAAAGCGCACCAAAAAUCGCCCCUAACGUCGUCUACAGUCCUCGACUUUGAAAAUCUCCCUCCGAACUUCUCGUCCUCCCUUCCCGCCAUCGCAACUUCAACAAUCAGCGCUUCCGUCGCAUCAGCGGCAUUUUCCGCAUUCAGCGAUGAUGCAGACGCGACGAGAGUUGAGACCGACAUACGCGUUUACAAAGUCGCCUCGGUUCCCGGACUACAGGUGAUACCCAACUUGCUCCCUCCAUCGUUACAAAAGACCCUGUUGCGCAAACUGCUAUUCCGCGACCUCUCCGACCCGCGUCAUAGAACGAACCUGCACGCCCACUACCACUUGCCUCCCCCACCGCCAGACGUAGGUUCGUAUUUCGAGUCAUCCCCGGAGACUACCUUCCGAGCGAUGAACGCCGACGGACGAGACUUAUCCAUCAGCCGCAUGCUCGAUAAAAAACUCCGAUGGGUGACGCUUGGUGGGCAAUACGAUUGGUCUCUGAAAAAAUACCCGCUGGAUCCCUCCUCGCUGCCCGAGUUCCCCGCGGAUAUUUGUGCGCUCGUGAACUCGCUAUUCGGGAUCACGGCGCAGGCGGCCAUUGUCAAUAUUUACUCGCCAGGGGAUACGCUGGCGCCUCAUCGUGAUGUCUCUGAGGCAAGUUCUGCGCCGCUGGUCAGUAUUUCGUUCGGUUGUGAGGCGCUUUUUAUCGCAGGGGUUGGGGAGGACGAGGGUGUUGUAGUUAGGGUAAGGAGUGGUGAUGCAGUCAUCAUGAGCGGGGAGGCGAGGUGGGCAUGGCAUUCCGUACCCACAGUUGCUGCUGGGACGUGCCCAGAGUGGCUGGAGGAGUGGCCGGAGGAGAGGACCGAAUGGAUGAGGGGAAAAAGGGUUAAUUUGAAUGUGAGGCAAAUGUGGGAU